UGUUGCAAUUGAUGCUGAGCAGCGCAUUUAAUGCUGAUCACAGCGCUGGAUUAAACACACACGCUCCCUCACCCCCAACAUCCUACCUCCCCGAUCAGCCCAGCAUCAUGUCCGGGCAGACCAGAAAGCAACCGCUGCUGCUGUUCAUCAGCUUUGCCUGCAUUGCGGCCACUUUUGGACAGAGAUUGCCACUGCCAAGAGAGCAGCUGCUGGCGCCCACCCUGCCCUUCGCAGAAAGCUUCGAGAUCUUGGACGGAAAUCCUGCUGAUGCUGCAGCUGCCGCUGACGACGCGGACGACGACGAUGGCGACAGCACGCAGCGCACGCGGGAACAGCUUAGGCAAGUGCUAGGGCAACAGCUGACUGGCGCUGUGGCACCGUUGACGGCGACGCCAUUGGCGGUCCUAAGCCGCCGCCAGCCGGCCGUUGUGGCGCCCAGAUCUGGCGCAGAGGCUGCACAGCGCUUUGCCGACUCUGCUGACGAGGAAGAGUCCAGCGAGGAGGACAGCGAUGAAACAGAAAACGAAUCAGACACCGACACAGACACCAACUCCGACACGGACACGGAUACGGAAACGGACACUGACGCGGCACAGGAGCCACAGCAGGAAUACAAUCCGUAUCGUGACAAUUUUAACGACCGCAACGAGGACGGCAGUUACGUAUUUGGCUACGCGCUGCCAAACGGCGUACGCCGCUGGGAGCGUGGCUUCUAUUCGGAGCAACAGCAGCAUGGUCUGGUGGUCGAAGGCUUCUAUGUCCAGCCUCGUAAUUACGGUCAUACUGUUCAAUAUGAGCUGCGCUGCUAUCGCGCCGAUGCACAUGGCUAUCAUCCACUGGCAGUGGAGUAUUUGAGGCAGUCGCCUAGUGUGCGUCGUGAUGAGUUGCCUAAUGUGCGCUGUUUAAAAUUUAAUCGAUAACACCGAUAACGAUAACACGAGAUGUCUAUCAAUGUCUGCCCAGCUUCCAAGCUGAAUUUUUUUUGUGCAC